CCACAAAAGGGAUAAGGAGAAUAUAUAUAGGAAUGGGGAGGGCGCCGUGCUGCAAUGCCGAAGCAGGCCUGAAGAAGGGGCCGUGGACGCCGGAGGAGGACAGGCUGCUCAAGGAGUGCGUCGAGAAGCACGGGAACGGGAGCUGGCGGCGGGUGCCGAAGCUGGCUGGCCUCAAUCGCUGCGGGAAGAGCUGCCGUCUCCGCUGGACCAACUACCUCCGGCCUGGUAUCAAGAGAGGGAAGUUCUCCAAGGAGGAAGAGAAGCUCAUCAUCAACUUGCACUCUCUCCUUGGAAACAAGUGGUCGUCGAUCGCUGCUCGAUUACCUGGAAGAACCGAUAACGAGAUCAAGAACUUCUGGAACACGCACAUGAGGAAGAAGCUCCUUAACAUAGGCAUCGACCCGGUGACUCACAAGCCGCGGACCGACCUGAAUCUCUUUGCGAGCAUUCCCAGCUUGCUCCUCGCCGCGAACAAUAUCGGAAACCUACGUAGCCAUUUCGACAAUGCUCUUAAGCUUCAAGCUGAUGCUGCAAACCUAGCCAAGCUCCAGCUGUUGCAGGGCCUUCUACAUGUCUUAACUAGUGGUGCAACUACUACACCUACUACUACUCCAAACUUGGACUUGAUAAGUGCUCUCAUGGGUUCACCACAAACCUCUUUGUGCAACAAACAAUAUGAGGGGAUCAUGCUCAACUCGAAUUCGAACCUGUCGGGUUUAGCAUUCAUGAACCCUCUCAACAGUUUCCUCAAUGGAGAUGGCGCGGUCGCGACCGUGCCCGUCGAGGGUUCUAGCUCAAGCGGUCAAGUAGGGUUAGGGAGUAACAAUGGUGCAAGUGCUACUAACAUGGAUCUCUACACGCCACUUGCUUCAAAUUUUACACCUUCAUUGGUUUCGGCUUCGCCUGCAAGCUGCGGUGGAGUUAACCCGAUCAACUCGAGCGAUGGAUCGAUCGGUGAAUCCCCGACCUCGGCUCCGUUCGAUGGGUGGGAGAGCCUCAAUCUAGAUGAUCUAAACACUGAUCUUGGCUGGAAAGAUGUGCUAAAGCAAAUUUCAUGGUUGAACACAUAGUAAGGCGCAACAGGGAUCGAGCCACUCGGCAAUAGAAAAAGCAGGAGAAAUUGUAGUCAUUAGAAUUGUAACGCAUUCAAUAAUAUUCAAAGAUAGUCAUCAGAUGAUGUGAGCAAUAGUAGUCAAUAUAUAUAUAUUUAUAUGUGAUAGAAAACUAAUUAAGUCACAUCAGUCAUAUAUUUUGAAUGUAAUAGAAAACUAAGUCAUGUAUAGUAGCCAUGACCAUAUUUAUGUGUAAUAAAAAAAAAACUCAGUCAUACAUAUAUAAUGCUUGUACAGUAAUUAAAUAUUGUACCAUACAAGUCUUGUUUCUUAUCUGGUAUUUAAGAUGAUCCUGUGUAUAAUGAAAA